AGACGGGAACAUUGUGUUGCUUAGAUGCAGUUGGUGUCAGUUUCAAGCGAGUAGUGUGGUGUGAAAGUUCGUUGCAUUGUAGUAGGUGCAUAUAAAAUUAGUCACUAUCCAAGGUGGAACCUUAAGAACUGAUAAGGUAAACCUCCUUAUCUGAACUACCUUGCCGUUCUACUUGUGGAUAGCGAACAGAAUAAACAAGCGUUGCGAGUGCGUCGUUUGGACUCACGAUAGUGUUUGAGCACGAGCGAGCUAUCACGUGUACGUGCAUGGAACUCCGUCAACUACGUCACAGCGUUUAUGGACUUUACCCCCUAUAAAGGAAAGCGAAAUGUACGUGACUCGUGAGCAAGAACACCGGAGCGCCACUGGAACAGCAGUGCCUGUAGUGACAACAGCAGACACACAUGGCUUGUUAGGUGAAUCUCGUGAAUUGAUGCUGAUGCGACGACCUACGGCGUGACGGAGGAGAGCAAAUGUCAUAAGACAUUUAAAAACAAGCUGAUAGUAAAAAGUGAUACGAUGGGUUUAAUCUUUUAAUGCUGGCGAUGUUCGUUUCCGAAUGAACUGCACAGGACGUCUAUGCAGACAGUUUCGAGCGUGAAAUCUAACAGGUCGGUCGCGAAUGUGCGAGUGGCACCCAUAAUGAUUGAAGAUUAACCGAAUUGCAACUUCAGCAACAAUGACCAAUGGUUUCAAGUAAAGUGAAUGGAAAUUACAUCACCUGUGCAGUUAACAGUAUACCCGCUUGUGAAACUAGAAAUUUCAAAAUGUCUCAACCGAAGCACUAUGAGGUGCUGGAAGUCGUUCCUAAAAUGCAGAUUAUAAAUGUGUACUUCCGUUGUAUGGUUGCGAAUUUGAUAGUGCUCCUAAAAUGGCUGUUCGAGUGCAUCAAGUGUAGGGUUCAUAAGACCACCAUAAUGAGGAGAUCGAUAGAACAAGUUCAGUUCCCGAAUAUGCAGCCGAAUUUCAUGACCGAAACCAAGAUGGGGCGACACUCGUACGUCAAGUUAGAGAACACUAAAUUACACUACGUGGAAGCGGGUAACCGUAGUAAUCCCACGGCUCUACUUCUACAUGGAUUUCCUGAUUGCUGGUUCGGAUGGCGCUAUCAGAUCUCGGAGUUAUCUCAGUACUUCCACGUCAUCGCACUGGAUUUGAAGGGCUUCAAUGACUCAGAUAAGCCGUUGUGGCGUUUUGAUUACGCCCCGAAAAAAAUUUGCGAGGAUUUGCGUAAAUUUUUGAUAGCAGUAAGCGCCAAGAGUGUUUCGAUUGUAGGCCAUGAUUUGGGUGCCGUCAUCGGAUGGACCUUCGCGCACACCAAUCCGGAAAUGGUGGACAAAUUUGUCAGCGUGUCAACACCCCAUCCAAAUCUGCUUUGGGAAAAUCUGCCGGGAAAUUCUCCGUUUAAUCGAAGGUGGCUCGAAUUCGUCCAGUUGCCAUACCUGCCGGAAAUAGAGAUGCAACAUAAUGCGGAACGUAUAUUGAAAAAAUGCUAUCCCCACAUUCUGAGAGAGAAGAUGUACAUAUCAGGAACAAAUGGAUCUGUGAUUAAUAAUCUUAUGGAGGCUUACAAGUACACAUUCAGCCAAACAGACGACUGGCGAGGUCCACUGAAUUAUUACCGGAAUUUUAUGUUCUACCGAAUAAAAGAAGGAGAAACGCUUCAAUGUCCAUGUCUGAUUAUCACAGGAAAUGAGGAUCGAAUAUACAAGCUGGAAUCAGUAGUUAAGAGCUCUGACUACUGUGAGAAUUUUGUGAUUAAGAUCAUUGAACAAUCGGGCCAUGCACCGCAUCAAGAAAUGUCAACCGAAUUCAACAGCACUCUGCUUAAAUUUUUAAUAGGUAAACGAAUGCUCACAAGAUCACUGGAAAUGAAUGCACCAACUCCCACGCGAGGGCUCGUGGGGAGAGUUUUCGGGGGCAUUGGUGCAGUGGCCAAUAACACGGUCAAGUUGGGGAACAAUCUCAAAGAUGGCUACACUUUUGCAUCUGCCCUGAACAACGUGCCGAACUUUAUGCUCAAAAGCUAGAGUAUGUUUGCAACCCAUGGUGUGCGAAUUGUGUGUGAACUUCGUGAAUGAUUUUAUCAUUAUCUUAAUGAAGAGUGGUUUUGUAUACAUACUUUUUCUGGAUGGAAAUAUCAAAUAAAAUGAAUUUUAUAAAGA